GUGACUACGUGAUUUCUAGCACAGUUCAGCGCUAGUACAGCGGUCUCUGAGCUGAGGGCCGCGCCGGUGCAUACCCCGUACGUUACGCGAGCUGAGCCGGUGAUUUUGCUGAACUGGUUCGGAAGAGCUAGAGCGCGGGCAGCUGUAUAAACGACAAGACUAGUUAGUUGGAGAUUUCGUGAUUUACAUUUUGAGAUCGAAGAUGGGGUUGUCGCGCUACCAGAUCCUACUAGCUGUAGGAAUGCUUGUUACUGGAAGUAUCAAUACACUAAGCAAGAAAGCACAGAAUGAUUGUCAUGUAAAAGGUGUAGCCAUACCCAGUGGGCCAAAUGGAACAGCUGAGGCAACAGCACAUGAAUUUGAUCAUCCAUGGUUUCAAACGAUUAUCAUGUUCAUAGGUGAAAGUUUAUGCUUGUUGGGACUGCUGAUAGCCAGACGUCAGGAGAGAGAGGCAUUUAGGGGACAGCUCAGAGAAACUCAUUUUCAAAAUGAGCCACCAGAAGAUGUAAAGCUCAAACAACCAAGAAUCUUCCAGGCUAUCAUCAUUCUGCCGACCUUGUGCGACCUUCUAGGAACAACCCUAGCAGGUAUCGGUCUAAUCUAUGUCUCAGCAUCGGUCUGGCAAAUGCUCAGAGGCUCUAUCAUCAUCUUCACUGGAAUACUCUCGAAAAUCUUCUUAAAAAGACAGCUAAAGUGGUUUCACUGGUCUGGUAUGACAGUAACAAUAUUUGGACUGGUUCUUGUUGGCAUGUCAACAAUAUUUGCAGAGCAAGGGACUUCAGAAGUAGGUCAAACUGUCUUAGGAAUCUUGUUGAUUUUAGGAGGUCAAGUGAUGAAUGCCAUUCAGAUGAUUAUAGAAGAAGUCUUUCUUAAAAAGAGAGCGUAUCCUCCACUUCAGGUGGUAGGAAUGGAAGGAAUAUUUGGAUUCUUUAUCUUAGGAUUGAUUGUCCUUCCAGUAUUGUACUUCAUCCCAGAUGAGAACGCAUACACUGGUCGAUACGAGGACAGCAUAGAUGCCAUGUAUCAAAUUGGCAACAGUCCGAGGCUGCUAGCUUUCUGUCUACUGUAUCUUCUUUCUAUUUCAGGGUAUAACUACUUUGGACUGUCUGUUACAAGAUCGCUAACAGCUGUGCACCGAACCCUGAUUGAUGCUUGCAGGACCAUCGUCGUGUGGAUAGUAGGACUUGUUAUAUACUAUGGCUUUGAUCCUUCGUUCGGUGAACCAUUUGAUGUCACAUAUGGCAUACUCAAAAUUGAUGGUUUCAUGUUUCUGCUAAUCGGUACUGCCCUCUACAACAACCUCUUUGACCUCUCCUUCCUGCCAUGUCAGUGUUUCCAUGGCGAAGACAGGUCAUCUGGGUCAACAAGAGAUGAGAGGGAUGCUAGUUCCAAUGGUGUAGGCAGCAUUCAAGAUGCUGCACGUCCAGAAGGAGAUGAUGAUGAGCGUGCACCUUUGAUCAAAUCUAACCAGGCCCCCAUCUUAUAAAGAUGUGAUAUCAAUCGCAACUAUGUACAGAUAGAAGACUGCAAACUUACGAUUGAUUUGAAGACUUACAAUUGCUUUGGAUCAUUCGUAACUCUUUAUAAGACGGGGCCAAGAACAGAUAGGAUUGUGAUACCACCGUUCACUUCCGCUUACAGGGUAAACAUGCUAGCCAUAAAUUCUGGUUGCCAGGAUAAUUAUGUGAGGUAGCAGAAGGCAAAUAUCUUGAGGAUGUCUAAAGGCUAUCAGUAUCUGCUUCCCAAAUUGGGCUAACAGAAAAUGGCGUAAUGGCACAAAUGUACUUUCAUCUAAUGCCCAAAUAUACUAUUUUUUGUAAACUACAUACAUAUUUAUCAUUAAUCGAAGCAUAACGAUUUAAUCAGACAAAUAUUUGUACUACCACAUUGUGUUUGUGAUCAGAGGCUCUCAUCCUUGUAAGGUAAGUUAAUCUAGUGGUCAGGUCUCUCUCUCUCUCUCUGUGUCUCUCUCUCCCUGUCUACAAACCAACUGUGACAGACCCUGGUUUGAAGGUUCAAAACUGAGCUCAUCUUGUGAAUGACAAUAGUUAAAGGAGAGGGAAGAAAAUUAGUCUUUCAAAAUUACAGAAGAGGCUUGGUUUGUAAUGAAGAGGCUGGUUUAAACAUUUCUUGCCAUUUUUUUUGUUCAUCAUUCUAAAACUAUAAAUUAUCUAUAUUAUCUUUAAUGCAAUGAGGGAAACUCAAAAUCAUGCACUUGUCCCAGGGCAUGGGGGGAGGGGUGGGUCCUGACUCUGGGGGUAGUUGAUCUUAAAUCUAAAUCCUAGUAUUUUUCAACAUGCUUUCUAGACUGUUGACGCUUGGGAUUGCAUAAUUCACCAAUUCACAUUGAUGUGCCUUAAUAUAUUGCUUUCAUACAAAUAAAUUGCAAAUACAAUUAUUUUAAUCUUCGAUCUUUGAAAGAGUAUACCCGGUAAUAGUAAUUGUGCUUCAUGGUGGCCAUAUCAAGAAACUAAAAAGCAAUGUAAGGAUAUACUGUAUACCUAUUUCACCCAUUUCAUACUCCAUUUGAAAUACAAAAUAUAUUCUUUGCCAUUGUCACACUUUCAAUACCAGUAAGUACCUAUACUUCCUACCAAGGAAAAGGGAGAACUAAAUUAUUUAUGAUACCAGUUCUUGGGAAGUUAUUUAUACUUGUACACUUAUAAGUAUUAAAGGCAUCGUUUAACAAUGUUAGAUCUGAGAUGCAUGGCCCUACGUGGUAUAAGUGUCUGUGAUAUGGUGUAAUAUUGAAGCCCUAAAAAAAUUGCAUUUCAAAAUGAUCAUGAAGUGCCUCAAAAAAGUAAAAAUCUUUGAGUGACCGGCUUUACCAUACUCACUUUCCCCAACUGUAGAGUUAUAAAAACCAUUAGGAAAAGUGAAAAAUGAAAUUUUGAUUUCCAAUCAUAAAUAAUUGAUAACAGGCAAUCGGCUUGUAAAAGUCAUGGGAUUCCUGACUGACCUAAGGUUUAUAAUUAUGAUUGCAGCAUGAGCUAAAUCCAGGAUUUUGUUUCAGAACCUGAGGCAAUGUUACCAAUAAUUACUUUAAAGCUACCAUAUACGUAUGUUGUAUUAUGUUACUGAAAGCAGGAAAAUCUAUAUCUUGCCAUUUUGUGUCUAUCACUGUAGAUGAAAGAUAAUUUUACAUGACUUCUAGCUAAACCAUCAAUUAAAUUUCUCUUAGAAUAGCAUUUAAUGCUUAAAAUCAUGCAUUUAUAACAGAAUAAAAAUUACAUGUUUAUCAACAUACUAGGAUAUCUCUUUCUUGAAUGACGUCAUGAGACUUUGCUAUCAAUAUCCUGUUUGUCUGGAAUAUAUUCAUUAAUUAAGCAUGCAAGGAAGAUUGAGGUUAUUGGGUUUCGUGAAAAGUGGAAUUUGUGUUUUCAAAAAAGUAAAUGCCUACAGACUACCUCAAUUUAAGGGAUGAAGAAGCAAUGCUUCAUGUCUAUUAAAUGAUAGUAUCUCAUUAGCUUUUGUUAUACCACACCUACGGGGAUCCUUGUCAUUUGAUUGGAGGAUUGUUGGUCACAUGAUAUUCAAUAGAUGUUCUAUUGCUUGGGCGUGCAUUUUUGCUUGUAUGCAGACUGCGUACCUCUCUGCUGUGCGCGUAUCCAUGCAUGUAUCUGACGCGAAGGUAAUCUGAAUGCAUGUA